AUGUCCUACGCCUCAGUUGCUGCUCACGAUGCUCCUCCCUCGUCUGAGCAGCCUCGUCCGGAUCCUGCACUCCUCACGACCGAAAACUCCUCUGCAAGUAAUGUUAUCGACGACACUUCUAAAUUGAAUGUCGUUUCCAGCGAUUUUAAAGAGAAUCUUGCGGCACAUACAAACAAUACAUAUGUUCCAGAAGACAUUGAUGAUGAUCUUGUCGACCAAAGCAGGAAAGCGAUGACAGGUAAAAGGAAUAAACGCUUUCAGGAGGCUCAGGCCGAAGGCAUUUAUUUGUGGGAGGUCACAAAGUACUAUUUGUUUCGUCCAGGUGUUGCUGGUGGUCUCAUUGGCCUGGUGAAUGUCGGCCUUCUGUCUCGCGUGGGCUACACAUUCUACACGAAACCUGGCCUUCGUCAGAAUUUCACUGCAAUCAGCUCCGCAGUGGCAGGAGCACUGCUAUUGAUUGGAACUGAAGGAUACGCAGUACAGAAGUAUCGGCAGACCCCUAUCGGCCGCCAGGAAGAACGACGCGCGCGCGAGGAGGGCACCCUCAUCUACAAGCAGCUUCGAGAGCACGUCUUUCGUCCGGGUGUCUUGAGCGGUUUGGUUGGACUAGUAAACACAGCGAUCCUUGGAGCAGUGGGGUAUUACAGCUUUGUGAACUGGCACAAACCUAAGUGGAACCGGGAUGUCGUCACCGCUGUUGCAUUCGGCCUGCUCACGCUUUGGGGUGGUGAAGGAUAUCUUGCAGAGCGCUAUCGUGCAGAACGGCGGAGACAGUAGUGUCAAUAGGCUGCAUUUGCGGUUUGGAAGAGCACCUGUACAGUAUGUCAGCUUCGAUGAUGAAUUCUUUAUUGUGCGCCAAGUCUGUUCACCAGUAAACUAGACGAGUCAAAGAGAUAUACAUCACUUUCGCAAGUCAUCACUGAGUAUGUGUUGAAGAGAAAGGAAUGGCACACAUAUCAUUUCAUAUCGCACAAAAAACACCAUUGAAAUUUCAUGGUAUCAAACUCGA